ACCGAAACUUUCUCGUUUCUACAAAAUUUAAGAUCGCCGUCGAAAAAUCCCUCUAUCACCCUUUAGCCCUCUGUUUUGCCGGAAAGAUGUCGUCUAAAACCCUAAUUCGCACCGGAGUUUCGAUGUUGAGCCGUAUUAUGAAUCCGUUUGUUCAUCCCGACCCGGCUCAUAAGUUCGUUCCCCAGAUCUUUGAAAUCGCACCGAAGCUUUCCACCCCACAGCCAUUUCCAUCUCUUCUGAAUCUACAGAACCCGCUGAAUUUGAUCCAAAACGAUGCAGAAACCCUAAAAAGAGUUCUUGCAGAAGGGUUCUUGUAUCCCUGCGGACUUCCUUCUCUCCGAUUCUUCCUCCCUGACGGAGAUGAUUCAUCAUCAAGUGAACCUUUGUUGUGCAUCAAGAGAACUUAUCAACCUAGCAACCUCAGGAGGAAAAGGGUUCAUGGUUACCUGGCUAGGAAAGCAACAAAAGGAGGUAGGCGAGUUAUUGCUAGGAGGAUUGCUAAGGGUCGAUCUAGAAUCACAGCUUAAAAGAGGUCAUGCUAAAUCUUUGAAUCAUUUGUAAUGGCUGUCAAUGUCUGCAAUUGAUUUUGAUGCAUUUGCAACUAAUUAUUAGGGCUUUUGUGAGGGAGAUAGGAAAUAUCAUGUUGAUUUUUGCGUAAGUUUGUGUUAUUUCUUUUUGGUAAUUUCAGCAAUAACCAAAUUUGUCCCUUAUGUUAAUGGAUUAAAAUUUCGGAUUAUAA